UAACUCAGUGUGGAGCUGAGCUUGUUCAUAAAUGACCUAUACACUGUGUAUUUCAUGGUUAAAGAGUACAGUUCAACACUUCAUGAGGAUCAGGUUCCACUCUACAAAUACAUACAUGUAACACAGAUCCACCAAGGUUAACAAUUUAAAUAAAUGGUAAAACAUUUUCUGCUAGAGAUGUCACUAAACCAAGAGUUGUUCAAUAAAAGCAGUCAUUCUUUGUUAUUAAGUAUCUUUGGUUUAUGUGCAAUCCUGUGGUUGUAAUUGUAAUGAAUAUCAUCCAUGUUAGACUAAACGCUGAUGAUGUCUAGAUGAGCAUUUGUGGUGACAACUGCAAGUGAUGCAGGCAGGUUGUAUUGAAUUUGCAUUAUGGCAUCUACACGCCUGCAUUUGUGCUCAUGGGCGGCUUCUUAAGUGUGCCUGCAUUUGUAAUUGUGGGGGUUUCGAGGAUGGAGAGAGAGGGAGUAAGGACUGUGGGUAUGGAGGACAUGACAGGGAGGGGGAGAGGGUCCUGAUGCUGAUGUCUCUGCUGUAACCUUGGUUGCUAUAGAACAGCAGCAGGGUCUGCCCUUCCCUUUUAGUCAUUGGCUUGCCACUCUGACCACAAGCCAUGUGGUUUGGGCAGCAACCAAUGAAAUGGAGGUGAUGCUCCUUUAAUAGUGUUCUGUCUUAAAGAGACAGCAUCAUGUACCUUGUUUGUUUUAUUCUAGAUAUUCUUUCAAUGUUGCACAUCCAUUUUAAUGACAAUAUUCCCUUUUUUAAUCAGUCAUGCUUUUGAUUAAAGGACAAAGGGAGAGAUGAUAGGAGAUGGGUUGAAAGGACAUCAUUCAUGUGUGUGCACAAACAAUGUGUGCAGAGAAAUCUCCUGGGGUGAUUAGAGUCUCUGUGAAUAUGUCGCUGCCUUUUCACAGCCGCAGCUAAGCUACAGAAAUCCUCCACACUGUGCCAACAUGGAGGUACACAUGAAUAUUCCCACUCAGUCUCUCACUCUUAUUCACACCCUUGCACACACACAUAUUUUCAACAGACGUACAUGCUGUCUUGUCGCACAUGCGCACUCAGGCUGAGAGCAGAAGCAAGCACAGACGCACACACACACACACACACACACACACACACACACACACACACAUGCAUGCGCCUGCAGCCACACUGCCUGAUUAGCUUGCGAGAGCUGUCUACAGCAUCCAGGGAAAUGGCGCAAGAGGCAAAGCAUUGGAGGAGGAACGGCAGCCUAAAGCGGCAGGAUUAGACCUCUGGCUUUUUGGCCAGCUGAGGCAUGGAUUGACUCGGAGCAGGGGACUGGGAUACGGAGCUAUCAGGAGGCAGACUGUCUGACUGUGGACUGACUGUGUGUUGCUGGGAUCAGUGUGAGACGGCACAGGCUGCAGGUUGAUGCUCCGGUAGGACUGGGCCGGGCCUCUGGAUCCGUACCGUGGGGGAGGGGCAGUCGAUGCAGGGAGAGGGAGCCUGUUUUUCCAGACCAGAGCCCUACUGUGAUUCUUGAGCCUGACUGUCUGCUACAGGCCUGCCUGCAUCCCUCUCUCUCUCUUUCUCUCUCUCAUCCUCUCCAUUCUUGUUUUGCUCUUGCUAAUGUCAUAUGUUUGUCCCUUCUUCCUUCCCCCCUAUGUUCCCGUGGUCAUCCAAGCUCCCUUUACCUCCAUCAUCUGAGACUAUGGUCAUCUUUCUGUCCUACCGCCAUCGUCACUCCGUCCCUCUCACCUCCAUCAUCUGAAUUUUUUAUUACUGUUUGUCAAGCAGCUCUGCCCUCGCAACACCAUUUUUUCCGUUGACAUCUCUCUCACAUCCUCACUCCUCUCCACCCUCGGCUCCUCUCUGUGCCCUUCAGACGGUCCCUCGCUCCCUCUCUCUUUUCGUUUCCCUCCAUCUUCCCUCUUUCGGCUCCCAUCCACCUCUACCUUGCAGUGACUUUAGAUUUGGGACAGUCUGCUCAGCAAAUGGGAUGAGAUGUAGUCUCCACAGCAGCCGGAUCCAGGGGGCUCCUGGUCUGCCCAUCAGGGGGACCCUCAUCUUCGGACCACAUUGAGGCUGGAGCCCGACUCUGGACUGACUGGGGGGCCUGCUUUGGGGUGCUGCAUGUAGGCAAGGCCAGUCUGCACCAGCUACCCCUACCGUCACCCCCUUCCCCCCCCCGGCUCCUUCGCCCCCCACUCGGGGCAGCCGUCACUCUGGAGUGUCCCGGCUUGACCAGCUGUGGCCUCUCCUCACACACCCUGCCGACGCCCUCAUGCCACUGGGGCACACACAGCGCCCCCGCUCCGCUCCACUACCGCACCUCCUGCCUGUGCCAUCGGCCCAAACCCCCCGUGACCCUCAACAUGGGUGUGGUAGAGGCCAUUGACCCGGAGCCAUCCCCUUGCCCCUCGCCUGUACCAGGGGGCUACAGGCUGCCCCGCUCCUCCAGCUACAGCCCCCUGCAGGGGAGGGCAGGGGCAGAGCUGGACCUGGGUGCAGCUGGAGGGGUUCUGGAGGGGAAUGGGACGGCGGCGGAGCGCAGGACGCCCCUAGUCGACCUGUUCUGUGAAACCUGCUCCAGGCCCUGGCUCAUCGGUUGGUGGGACCAGUUCAAGAGGAUGUUGAACAGGGAGCUGUCCCAUUUGUCAGAGAUGAGUCGCUCAGGGAACCAGGUGUCAGAAUACAUCUCCACUACCUUUCUAGAUAAGCAGAACGACGUGGAGAUCCCAUCCCCGACUUUAAGGGAGAGGGAGAAGCCCAUGUGUCACAUCAGCGGUGUGAAGAAGCUCACGCACAGUUCCAGCCUUUCAAACUCCACCAUGCCUCGGUUUGGCGUGAAGACUGAACACGAGGAUGCGUUAGACAGGGAGCUGACUGACUUAAACAUGUGGGGCCUUAAUAUCUUCCGUGUGGCGGAGUUCUCUAAUAACAGACCCCUCAGCUGCAUAAUGUUUUCCAUCUUCCAGGAAAGAGAUCUGCUAAAUACCUUUCGGAUCCCCGUGGAUACGUUUGUCACCUAUGUGAUGACCCUGGAGGACCACUACCAUGCCAACGUGGCCUACCACAACAGCCUCCACGCUGCAGAUGUCACUCAGUCUACUCAUGUACUACUAUCCACGCCGGCUCUAGAUGCUGUGUUCACUGAUCUAGAGAUACUAGCUGCGUUAUUUGCGGCUGCCAUCCACGAUGUGGACCAUCCAGGAGUGUCCAACCAAUUCCUCAUAAACACAAAUUCAGAGCUAGCCCUGAUGUACAACGAUGAGUCUGUGUUGGAGAACCAUCACCUAGCUGUGGGCUUCAAGCUGCUUCAUGAAGACAACUGUGACAUCUUCCAGAACCUGAGCAAGAGGCAGAGACAGAGCCUGAGGAAACUUGUCAUUGACAUGGUUUUGGCAACAGAUAUGUCUAAACACAUGAGUUUGCUGGCCGACCUCAAGACUAUGGUGGAAACGAAGAAAGUGACAAGUUCUGGAGUAUUGCUGCUUGACCAUUACAAUGAUAGGAUACAGGUGUUAAGGAACAUGGUGCACUGUGCUGACCUAAGCAAUCCCACGAAACCCCUGGCUGUGUAUCGACAAUGGACGGAGAGGAUCAUGGAGGAGUUCUUCAGGCAGGGAGAUAAGGAGAGAGAGCGAGGGAUGGAGAUCAGCCCCAUGUGCGACAAACACACUGCGUCUGUGGAAAAGAGCCAGGUGGGCUUUAUUGACUACAUUGUCCACCCGCUGUGGGAGACAUGGGGGGACCUUGUGCACCCUGAUGCCCAGGACAUCCUGGACACUCUGGAGGACAACAGGGACUGGUACCAGAGCACUAUCCCACAAAGCCCCUCGCCACCACCUGUGUGCCAGGAUAAGGAUCUAAACGUCUGCAUGGACAAGUUUCAGUUUCAGCUCACCCUGGAGGACGGCACUCAGGGAGAAGAGGAGGACGAGGGGGACAAGCAUACACUGAACCACGUGGCACAAGACUGCAGUCAGGGGGAGGAGGAGGAGGAGGAGGAAGAAGAGGAGGACAAAAAAGAGGAGGACAUAAUGGCAGAGGAGGAAAAUGGGGACAUUAUAGAAGAGGAAGAGGAGGUAGCAAUGGAGGAGGAGGAGGUGGAGGAGGAACAGGAGGAGGAGCUAAAGGCUCAGUUGGAGGUGAGAUCUGAAAAGGAGAGACUUUCUGACACAAGUCCUGUAGAGGAAGAGGAAGAUUCUUCUUCACAAGCCGAAGAUACAUGAGUUCUGCUCCCGUAUCUCCCUCCUCCCUUGCACACAUCAUUUUGUUCAUCCUUUUCAAUGGCCAAACCAAGAACAAAUAAGACUGCAAUGACAGUACAGACCUUUAAAUAUAUUUUUCAAAAAGGGAAUAAAUGUAAACCGCUUCAAGAGAAGGUAAUUACACAGCAACUGUAGAUUUGGAGUGGUGACAAGUCCUCCGAACCGAUUUCACAACGAACUUUAGACCAAGAGGAACUGAGGAGAGCAUUCAAGACGGACAACUGAAGACAGCGUAGCACUCUGGGACUGUGAUGCACACACACAAACACACACACACACACGCGCACACGCACACACACGCACACACACACACACACA